GGAGGAGGCAGAAUCGGGAUGAAAAACUUGACGCCAGGAGGGGGAGCCGCCUCCUCGGCUUCCAGGAGGCACUCCAGCGAGGAGCCCUGCCUUCCUCACGCAGAGGACGUUCUCGCCUCCUCACGGCCCACUGCUGCCACGGAGACCCGCGGAGCUGAUCCGGGCGAUGCUGCCCACCACGGCCGGAGCGGCACAGCAUCUGGGGCGGAGGCGUCGGACUCGGAACCGAUAGACACCGCGGACGCGACGACGAGUGAUGGUCGCAUCAGCCUCGCUCCAAUUUCCAACAUGAAAUGCAACAAAAACGGAGAAUGCAGGAGGGACUCGGGCACCGGGAGCCUGCGCUCGAUCAUCUCCAAGACGGAGAAGCAAACCGGGUCGGCGAGGGCCGAUGACGCCAAGCGCGGAGCAUGUAACUCGACCACCGCCAGCAUGGACGGCUCCGUCACGCCAGGCGGGUCCCACGCAGGCGACGGCGUGCCCGAGAAGAAGGACCCCAAGGUGUCCUUCUCCAACGCGCCCAGUCGGAAAGCCUCGUCGUCCCUGCACGGGCCGGGCCAAACCCCGCAGCCCAGGAACUCCGUCACUUUCCAGAAGCCGGACGACGGACCUCCGAUCGUCCCCGCCGAGGAUGCGGAAGCCCGAGGCAGCCAGGCCAGCUUCAUGCAGAGGCAAUUCAGUAGUAUGCUGCAACCGGGAGUCAACAAAUUCUCCUUACGCAUGUACGGCAGCCAAAAGGCUGUGGAGCGAGAGCAAGAGAGGGUCAAAUCGGCUGGGAAUUGGAUUAUCCACCCUUACAGUGAUUUCAGGUUCUACUGGGAUUUCACAAUGCUGCUGUUUAUGGUGGGCAACCUGAUCAUCAUCCCUGUGGGCAUCACCUUCUUCAAAGAGGAGACCACCACGCCCUGGAUCAUCUUCAACGUGGUCUCGGACACUUUCUUCCUCAUGGACCUGGUGCUCAACUUCCGCACGGGAAUCAUCAUCGAGGACAACUCGGACAUCAUUUUGGACCCUGAAACUAUUAAGAAAAAGUACUUAAAGACGUGGUUCAUAGUGGACUUCAUCUCAUCCAUCCCAGUGGAUUACAUAUUUCUAAUAGUGGAGAAAGGAAUCGAUUCCGAAGUGUACAAGACCGCUCGAGCCCUGAGGAUCGUUCGCUUCACCAAGAUCUUGAGUCUUCUGCGACUGUUGAGGCUCUCGAGAUUAAUACGCUACAUACACCAAUGGGAAGAGAUCUUCCAUAUGACCUAUGACCUGGCCAGCGCUGUGAUGCGGAUCAUCAACCUGAUUGGCAUGAUGCUGCUGCUGUGUCACUGGGACGGAUGCCUACAGUUCCUGGUUCCCAUGUUGCAAGAUUUCCCCUCUGACUGCUGGGUGUCGCUCAACAAAAUGGAGAACGAUACCUGGUCCGAGCUGUACUCCUUUGCCGUCUUCAAGGCAAUGAGCCACAUGCUGUGCAUCGGAUAUGGUCGCCAAGCCCCGGAGAGUUUGUCAGAUAUCUGGCUCACCAUGCUGAGUAUGAUCGUGGGAGCCACUUGCUACGCCGUCUUUAUCGGCCACGCCACAGCACUCAUCCAAUCCCUGGACUCCUCUAGACGGCAAUAUCAAGAAAAGUACAAACAAGUGGAGCAAUACAUGUCCUUCCACAAACUGCCUGCCGAUUUCCGUCAGAAGAUCCACGACUAUUACGAGCACAGAUACCAAGGCAAGAUGUUUGACGAGGAGAGCAUUCUGGGAGAACUCAGCGAGCCGCUUCGAGAGGAAAUUGUCAACUUCAAUUGUCGCAAGCUAGUGGCGUCCAUGCCCCUGUUCGCUAACGCGGAGCCAAACUUUGUCACGGCCAUGUUGACCAAACUGCACUUUGAAGUAUUUCAGCCACAUGAUUACAUUAUACGGGAGGGCACCAUUGGGAAGAAAAUGUACUUCAUCCAGCACGGAGUGUGCAGCGUCAUCACCAAAGGCACGCUAGCAAUGAAACUCUCUGAUGGCUCGUAUUUUGGAGAGAUCUGUCUGUUGACCAGGGGCCGACGGACAGCCAGCGUCCGAGCAGAGACGUAUUGUCGACUCUACUCUUUGUCUGUGGACCACUUCAAUGAGGUGCUGGAAGAAUAUCCCAUGAUGAGACGAGCCUUUGAGACGGUGGCUAUCGACCGUCUGGAUCGCAUUGGUAAAAAGAAUUCCAUCCUGAUGCACAAAGUGCAGCACGAUCUCAACUCCGGUGUCUUCAACAACCGCGAGAACGAGAUGAUCCAGGAGAUCGUCAAGUACGACCGCGAGAUGGUGAAGCUGGUGGACCUUCAGAGGCCGCGGGCUAUGUCCAUGACGCCCUCCAUCGGUGGCAUUUUCGCUCCCCCUGGCCAAUCGAAUACAGGUUCCGCUAUCGCUACCCUUCAGCAGGCCGUGGCCAUGAGCUUCUGCCCUCAAAUGGGGAAUCCCCUAGUAGGUCCGGGGACUUUACAGUCUCCGCGUAUGGUGCGAAGAUUCCAGGUGAUGCAGAACUUACAAAGCCCGGUCUCUGUGUCUCCUCUUCAGUCGCUACCCCCUCAGACAUUCGGAGGGGCGUUCGGAUCCGCUAUUUCCAGCCCGCCCGUCCAAAGCCCCUUAGCAGCUUCAGGUCGGACUUUCCAGUACAUGGCCAGCGUGGGCCCCUCGGGGUCGCAGUUAUCCUUAGUACAGCACCACGUACCCAGUCCCACACAGACCCAGCAGAGGCCCGCCUCACAUAAGAGUACCCACUCCCUUCACACAGGGAGCUUGAGCCAGGAUACCCGCGCGUUGUCCGCGUCCCAGCCUUCGCUCCCCCAAGAGGGAGUUCCGCAAGCCGCAUCUGCGGUCCCCAGCCCUCCUCCCUCGACCCGCACUUCCAACACGUCCAUCGGACCCCCGCACCCCGGACCCUCUGGGGCGGGGAGAUCAGCCGGCGCUCAACAGAGGGUUGCCUUUGCCUCCACGCCUCCUCCCAGUGGACCCGCUGCAACGGGGGCGGUCGCGGGAACCGCUGCAUCAGGACCUCCGGACUCUGGCGUUCCCAAGAAAGAUUCAAUUGUCAGCCUUCCAGAGCUAGACUCUGCCAGAUCCCGGCUGUCUUCCAACUUGUGACCGUGGUCCAUAUCAGGAAAGAGGCCUUUUUUUGUAGGUGAAUCCGUUCCGGUUCAGACCUGCCGAUCCCAAUGACCAAUUGGCUGUUGCUGGCACCGCCAGUGGAUAUGUCAGGCCCGGGAAGGAGACACGUGGAAUCGAGAAGAAGUCUAUACAACGAAUCUAGUGUCGAACUGGUUUAGUCUACUAUGCCAGCACCUUUUCUUCUUAGUAUCACCCCUUAAGGCUGAUUUAUGCUUCCGCAUAGCGGUGACGGCAGACCUGAUUCACGACCCUACGCCGUUGCCUAACGUGAACCUCCAAAAAAUCCUCACCGAAAGACUGCGAUCUGUCCGCUCAGAACGUUGUUUCCGCACAACCACACUGCCGUUUUCAAACAUUCGCAAACGUCUUCUGCGUCGCAUAUGCUUCAACGUUUGCAUCAACAACAUUUUUUGUUCAAUAUUGAUUAGCUGCAGCUGCAAAUACACACGUUCCCUCCGGAACGUAGAAAAACUAAAGGAAUUCGACAAGAGUCCCCCAAAACCAUACAAAGACAACGCCACACCCCUCUAGUGGCAUGGCAGUGAAUUACAGAGCAACGCGCUCCGUUGACGCAGAACUUUGAAUGUGCAAUGAUGGCGUAGGGCAGGGAUCUCCAAACCAGUCCUCGAGGGCCGCUGUGGGUCCUGGUUUUUGUUCAUACCGAUCAAGCACAGACCUUUUAACCAAUGAGGUUUCUACUAAAACAAGCAGCACCUGAAUGCAAUCAACUGAUUACACUUAUAUAACACCAGAUUGGUGAAAAGAUGUUGUCCUUUUUUGUUGGAGUGAAAUCCUGCACCCACUGCGGCCAUAUGUGGAAUAGUUUGGAGACCACUGGCGUAGGGUCUACCAGGGGCGUCACGAGGUUUUUAGAACGGGGGUGGGGCUUAGCCCCCAGGAGUUACACAGGAUGUAAGUGAACGUAGCAUACAAGCACAAAACCUAACAAACAGCUAACAGACUGAUAAUUUAUAUACUAAAUACAUAUAUUUAAUCAUAUAGGCUACUGCCAUGACUUUCGCCCACAACACAGUAAGUUCCCAAAUAUUUGUAAGUCGCACUGAUUACACUUUGGACACAUAUGUAACAAAAAUUCUGUAAUUUCAAACACUGAAAAAUACUACUAUCGUAAUUUUCGGACUAUCAGGCGCACCUGACUAUAAGCCGCCACCCACCAAAUCUUAAACAAAAAUGGCAUUUGCUUAUAGACAAGCAGCACUGGACUAUAAACCGCAGCUGUUCUCACUGAAUUAUGGGAUAUUUAGACGGAAAGAUAUUAACCGGUAACACUUUAUGUGACAGCUGCAUCAUAAAACUGGUCAUAGGACCAAAUGAACCACCAUGAAGCUUUGAACCAAUUGGAUGCGAAGCUUCAUUGCUUCAAGAAGCUUCACUGCUCCCUUGGGGGAGACAGUCAACAUCCUGCUGUCAACACUGUUAUCGUCCAACAUGCCUCCUAACAUGCAUUGCAGCUCUGGAGAAUCAAUCUUAAGAAUCAAAAUUCAUGUUCUGUGCUAAUUAUUUCUUCACUUACUGUUCCAGUUGUUUCAUUAAUUACUAGUGAUGGUAUUUGGUAACGCUAUGUUGGACAGUGGCAUGUAAUUGGCAUAAUUAUGACAUGACACUAUCAUGGGCAUUAAUGAAUGCUUAUGACGGUUGUCAUUUAGUGUCAUCCGGCAAAUUAUGUCGCUAACUCCAUUUAUGUCUAGUUCGGCUCUUAUACAUCCAUUCAAAAGUGAAAUUAUUUGCCGGAUGACACAAAAUGUCAUGCUAUAAGUAGGGUUGUUCUGAUCAUGUUUAUUUGCUCCCGAUCCGAUCCCGAUCGUUUUAGUUUGAGUAUCUGCCGAUCCCGAUAUUUCCCGAUCCGAUUGCUUUUUUUUGCUCCCGAUUCAAUUCCAAUCAUUCCCGAUAAUUUUUCCCGAUCAUAUACAUUUUGGCAAUGCAUUAAGAAAAAAAUGAAUAAAACUCGGACGAAUAUAUACAUUCAACCUACAGUACAUAAGUACUGUAUUUGUUUAUUAUGAUAAUAAAUCCUCAAGAUGGCAUUUACAUUAUUAACAUUCUUUCUGUGAGAGGGAUCCACGGAUAGAAAGACUUGUGACUUUGUAAAUUGUGACUAAAUAUUGCCAUCUAGUGUAUUUGUUGAGCUUUCAGUAAAUGAUACUGAAGGCCAUGCCCAAUGCAUGAUGGGAAGUGGAACCAUGACAAGUGAAACCACGACUGUGCGUAGUGCUACCACUUCAUAUAUCUUCUCUGCGAUGGGAUACAACUUAAGGUGUUAAGAAAAAGAUCAAUUGCUACCUUGCUUUCCCACAUUGUUUCCCAUGAUAUUUCUAAUCGUAGGGAGAGGGAUUGUAAGGCUUUAGCCAAUUACAAUAAGGCUCCAAAGGCUGCCAAAAUUCACUCUACUCAUUUUGCGCUGCCGUUGAGCUCUCUAUAUAGGCAAAACGGCACCAUUACAGAUGGAGCACGACAAUGCGUGAACGGGUCGUACAGCGCAUGCAUUAAUAGCGUUAAAUAUUUUAACGUGAUACAUUCAUUCAUUUUCCAUUUUUAAAAAAAAUUAAUUACCGCCGUUAUUGGGAUAAAUUUGAUAACCCUACCUUAAGCCUAAACUAAAGACCUGGAUAAGUGUAACAUAUUAUGUCUGUAACGUUAAAUACAAUUGGAAAACGAUUUAAUUAAAAAAUAUAUAUAUAUUUAAAAAAAAAACAUGGCCGAUAUUUUUUUUGCCGAUUCCGAUACUUUGAAAAUGACGUGAUCGGACCCGCCGAUCGAUCGGGACAUCUCUAGUUAUAAGCUUUCAUUAAUGCUCAUGGCAGUGUCAUGUCAUAGCCAUGAUAGUCUUAUGACAGUCUUAUGGCGCCA